AAGAAAACGGGAAAAAUCUAAAAUCAACGAGAAAAACGAAAAAUGGAGAUUGAAAAUAGAAACCCUAGACUCGAAGAUUUCCUGAAUAUCUCAGAUCCCAGAAGAAAAUCUAAGAUCAACGAGAAAAAUCGCCUUGCUGAAAAUCGCCUCCGAAUCGCCCCGUAAUCAUUGCACGUGAAGCUCUUCGAAGAAGCCAUGUUCUUUAGAUGAGUGGCGGGGUUCAGUGCACAAGUAUAACAUGACGAACACUGUUUUACAUGAUGUACCAGUAACGGAUGUUUCUCAAAGUUUUAUCAGUAAGCUCCAUUUUAGCAUUUCAAAAGGACUCCCUCAUGCAGAGCCAGUCCACGCAUUUGAAAAAAGUGAAAGAGAACUGGUGCAUGGAGUCUUACAAAUGCUCCAAGGAUUCUCUACUUCUUUAUUUAAUUGGGAUGAGUAUGGUCAAGGGUUUCAUCUAAAGAGUGAAAUAUAUACAUCACAUAUGUCACAUACAAGUCUACAUGGAAUUGUGAACCAAUUUGCAUUUGGUGGAUCAUGCUUAAAGAAAGUGGAAAAUUUUAUAAAGAUGGUGGAGGCCUCUCGUCAAAGAUCCCCAACGUUGAAGGCUUUUGGUAAUUCUGUCAAGUCGUGGCUCAAGAGGUUGCGAGAUAUUGCUUUAAAGGAGGAAGUAAAGUUGGUCGGUUCAGAUUAUGGGAAUUCUAUCACACUUCUGGGUUUAACCAGUACUGUAUCAAGUCUCUGUUCCGGGGCAGAACAGUUGUUUCAAGUAGUGCAUGGAGCAGUUCCAAAUGUUUAUUUUGAUUCCGAAACAUCUACCUCUGCUGAUGAGAUUGCUGUUCAUAUUCUUGACCAUCUUUUCAAGAAAUUGAAUGAAGCCUGUCUUGUGCAAGGUGGAGAGGAAGAGGCAUAUCAUAUGCUGUUAGCAAUUUUCACAGAAAGUUUGCUCCCUUACCUGGAGGGUCUUGAUUCGUGGCUGUACGAGGGAAUUCUUGAUGAUCCUUAUGAGGAGAUGUUCUUUUAUUGCAACAACACAGUGUCGAUUGACCAACCAUCAUUUUGGGAGACAAGCUAUCUUCUCAGGCAAUCUAAAUGGAGAAAGUCAAGAUGUGGGAGAUCGCUGAAUCCUAGUGGUACGGAAUUUACUGUGCAAGUUAAAAAAGACACUAGCAAUCAGGAAUCCACUUCUGUAUCAGGGAGGCAUCAAAGUGAUAUAGACAUCCUAGUCUGUCCUAUUUUCCUAAAGGAUAUGGCCAGGGCAAUCAUAUCUGCUGGGAAAUCAUUGCAAUUGGUUCAACAUGUUCGAGAUGACUAUGUUGCUUUAUUUUACAAGGAUGGCAAUCAUGAGCUUUAUGACAUUGCACAUCAUCAUAGUAAAGAGGAAGUUGAAUCUAGUAAUAUAAGCUAUACAAAAUUUGAAGGUGAAAGUACCAAGCCUAACUAUAGCAACAGAGAAUCUUUCUCUCAUCCUCAGGAAAUGAAUCAUGCCCGAGAAAUGGGAGUCUUAACUUUAUCCGAGGUCUUCUUGCUAUCCUUGGUUGCCUUAUUAGAUGAUGGAGAUCAUAUUUAUGAGUACCUUAGAAAAUCCUCCCUUGAGCUCGGUCAGAUGUUUCAAGCUUAUACAGAUGAACAGAAGAUGUUAAAAGGCAUUGGAGAUAAUAUACAGACUUCAUCAGUCAACAACAAAACAUGGUUUAAGUUCUUUAAUGAUUUAAUAUCAGAGAGGAGAAAUACCAAUUGUUCUUUUAGUGUGGAGGAUAGCAUUGUUAGUUCUUUCUGUCCGAGAAAUCCAGCCAUUGGUGUAUGCAAAGAGUUUCUUCAAAAGGGCAAGGCCCAUUGGAAUGAACUCAACAUAUCUAGAAACUUCCACCUUCCUCCACUGAAUGACGAAAAUCUUCGGAAGGCUAUUUUUGGUGAACCACUAACCCAAGGAAACAUAGAUACAGAUAUACCAGAUAGAUUAAUACUCCCUAGAUACCAGGGAACAGACUUCACCUCUGGAUUUCAAUUUGAUGAUGUUAAAUACCUUCGACUGAAGAAUGACACAAAGACUUUGGAAACUCUUUAUCCCUUCCCAACUCUUCUACCUUGUUUUCAGGAAAACCUCCCGAUGUCGGAGCUUCUUCCCUUCCAGAAGAAUAGCACCCUCGCAUCAAGAAUCCUUAACUGGAUGCAAAGUAUCAACUUAAAAGAUACACCACAACCUGCAGUCGUCAUUAAAGAAUGCUUGGCUACUUAUGCAAAGAAACAGAUAGAUCGCAUUGGAAAGCAUAUUUUGCUGAAACUAAUGAGUGAUUGGAGGUUAAUGGAUGAACUUGGUGUGUUACGUGCUAUUUAUUUGCUGGGCUCAGGUGAUUUGCUGCAGCAAUUCCUGACAGUAAUUUAUGAUAAAAUGGAUAGAGGAGAUUCCUUGGGUGAUGACUUUGAGCUGAAUACACUCUUACAGGAAUCUAUUAGAAAUUCUUCUGAUGGUACGCUACUUUGCACACCGGAUUCUUUGGUUGUGUCAAUCACAAAGCUUAAUGCUUCUGAUAGCGAGGAAAAUACAACCAACAAUGUCACAACUCCCUGCAAAGCCUGGAAUCAUUCUUUUGGCAUUGAUGCCUUUGAUAUGCUAAAUUUCACAUACAAUGUGUCAUGGCCUCUUGACCUUAUUGCUAAUGCAGAGGCACUUAAGAAGUACAAUCAGGUCAUGGCUUUUCUAUUAAAGGUCAAGCGUGCGAAAUUUGUUCUUGACAAAGCUCGGAGGUGGAUGUGGAAGGGAAGAAACAGUGGAAAACACAACUACAAGCACCAUCUACUAGUGCAGCAGAAACUUCUCCAUUUUGUUGAUGCAUUUCAUCAGUAUGUCAUGGAUAGGGUAUAUCACAGUGCUUGGAUCGAUCUCUGCACUGGUAUGGCCUCUGCAGGCUCGCUCGACGAAGUCAUAGAAGUUCAUGACAUCUACCUUUUGUCUAUUCAGCGCCAGUGCUUCGUUGCUCCAGAUAAACUGUGGGCAUUGAUAGCUAGCAGGAUAAAGAGUAUCCUUGGACUGGCACUUGAUUUCUACUCAAUAGAGCAGACACUGGGCAGUGGCGGAACAACUCCGGCUAUCAAAGCUAGAUGUGAAAUUGAAAUGGAUCGAAUCGAGAAGCAGUUUGAUGACUGCAUUGCAUUUCUUCUCAGGAUAUUGUCUUUCAAACUGAAUGUGGGACAUUUCCCGCAUCUGGCAGAUUUGGUUACUCGAAUCAACUACAACUAUUUCUACAUGUCGAAUAGCGGAAACUUGCAAACGAUUCCUAGGUUUGAAGCUAGUGCUCCCAGAACAGGGAAGACUACGGUUAUGAAAGCAGAAUGAAUGGCUGUAAAAGAAAAUACAAGAUUUCAAUCCAACUGUUUUUGUUUAGAUCCCUCUAAUCCUUUGUAAAAGCUUCUUGUUUGUACUGUGGCAAUGUAUGAAAAUAUGUGUCUACCAAUUAUUUUCUUUCUUGAGGUGUUGGAUAUUGGAAGCAUCUUUCUUUCAUAUUUUGUUUUGGUUUUAUAUAUGGAGGGCGGGCUAGUAUAUGUCUUCAACAGUUUGUAUAUUGACUAUGGUAAUGUUCGAAAGUAUAUUAGUCUAUGUCAUUAACCCAA